GUCAGAACAAAUGUACUAACAUGUCCACUCUAUCAGCAAUGUUUCGCCAACUAUCCCGGUUUGCAUUAUUUUCACGUACAAAUAGCUACGGAGUGGUGCGCUCAAUGGCGGAUGUGGAUGUAGAAGACAAUGAGCCAUUCGAUAUGACUACCGGAGACCACGAAACGGCUCUCACGGGUGCAGAAUCUCCAGAUGACUUUGGGACCCGUGAAGAAGAAGAACAAGCGUACGAGGUCAUCAACGGGAUACCCAUGUACCAGAAAGGUCAUGUUUUGGACAAUCGUUGCCAGAUCUACGAACGGAUUGGUUGGGACGAUCGAGUAGGCGCAACAUAUUUGGCAACAGCGCCUGACGGUAAAGAGUUAGUCGUUCGCAUUGGUAAUGAACACAUACUCAUACCCCAGCUGGAAGCGUCCUUCCUUUCCAAAGUUGAACAACAAAAUCUGUGGCGCCUAUUCUCACAGAUACACUCCAUUUGGCACCAAGAAAAGUUCUACUUUCUUGCACUAUACUUCCGUUCUGGACCACAGCUCAGCCAAUGCAUGGCGCAUUGUGGAAACAGAUUCAGCCAUGGAACUGCCGCACGCUUGGCGCUUGACAUCCUCAAGAUACUUCGAGCUAUACAUGGCCUUGGUUAUCUGAUUCGCGCUAUUGAUCCAGAAAUGUUCCACUUCGAUGCGUGCUCUCGACACCUCUUUUUAGCUGAUCUAUCAACGAUUCGGAAGGAUACUUCGAAAGUAGAUGUGCAAAGGCACGAACUUAUAAUGCCUCACUGGUGUGGAGGACUGCUAUUUGCGCCAAUGACUUAUCACGACGAAGAUCCCAUCUCAUGUAGAGAUGAACUGGAAGCAUGGUUGUAUCUAUUCCUUUACUUUGUGAAAGGAACACUUCCAUGGGAGAAAGAUCGCUAUGACGAUGUGAAGUGGACAAAGAUUCAGACCAUUAAUUGCGGCGAGCUAUUCCAAGGACUUCCGCUUCAGUAUCACGAGCUUCUCGACGUUAUCACAAGUAAAUCGUCUGUGGAUCCUGUGUCGGAACUUGAAUAUGAGAAACUUCAGCAGAUUACAUUCGAGAUUUUCCACGACAUUGGUGGCAUAACGGAUGAUGAUCAAAAUUUGGAUUUUGAACGUGAUCCAAGAGAAGAUGAGAUACCCAGGAUUAUAAUGGAACGGAGAGCCUCCGAUUUCAAGGAACUCGCUGAAGAGCACACACAAUCUAGUUCCUCUGAAGAUCAAGAAGAUACGGCAAUUCAAUGCAAGGAUGAAAGUAUCUGAUUACAAAAAUCACGUCUCAAUUACGGUUCUGUUUUGUUGCACAUUUCUCUACAUGUCUUCCAACAAUAAACUUCAAGCGCAGCA